UAUGUUCCAACAGCAUGCAGAACUGCCAUAGAUCUUGCAUUUUUGAUCGACGGCUCAGCAAGCGUGGAACGUUAUGGCAUCGGAAACUUCCGACGGUUGAUCGACUUCGUCCGUAAUGUUAUCCUCGGUUUUUCAGUCUCCCGAACAAACACGCGCGUGGGAGCCAUCGUGUUUGGUACCAAGCCGUAUAAGCUUUUCGGCUUUAACAGCUACACAAACAACGGCGCUAUCUUCAACAGGCUUAACAAGGGGGUCCAUUACCCCAAAUCAGGGAGUCGUAUCGGUAGGGCUUUAUUGAUGGCGCAAAACCAGAUGUUCCGUAAGAACACCAGACGUUCAAGGACCACUAAGGUAGUAGUGGUCAUAACCGAUGGAAGUUCAAUGGAUGACGUUGCAGGACCUUCAAACGCUUUAAAGGCCCGUGGUGUAAGGAUUUAUUGUCUAGGGGUGGGACGGUACAUUAAUGGUCGUCAGUUAGACAUUAUGGCUUCUCCUCCACGGAGGAAUCACAUCUUUACUGCGGACUGGACUCAUUUGGGAAUCGUAGUUAACGAACUCAGGAACGCAAUUUGCUUAGGUGCGUAACUUUUUCUUUUUUUUAAAUAAAAUGAAAUCGUAUUAUUUCGAAUCCUUAGUACUUCAAUUCCCCCUCCUAAGUGUUUACGGACUUGGAUCUAUGACUGUGAAUAUCUACAAUUUCACACAGGAUAUGACUCCUUUAAAUACAAAGAAAUGGGCAAUGAAAUGAUCUAAAAUUGAUAUUAAUUUCCAUAGCACUUACUCGAGGUUAUGUGGGUGUAAAGGUGAUUUUUGUGAGAAGCAGCCAUUUAAGCGAAAAAUCUGAACACAGAAAAGGUUUACUUUAAUAUGUGACUGUAUCGGGCGAUUUAUGUAAGAAGCAGCCAUUUUAACCAAAAAUUUGACCACGAAAAAGUUUACUUUACUAUGUCGUUUCUCUCACCUCAUUCCUAGUCCACCUCGCUGCUUAUCCUAAAAAAUGACAACCGCUGUGGCUUGACAUACUCCAAGUUAUCAACCUUGUUUAAACAUGCGAUAGGAAGUGACUUUUAGUUUUAGUUCACGCAAGCAAUCCAACUCGUCUUAUUUAUUUUCAGGCACUGGUGGAAAUCUUUUACCAGCGAAGCAUCGUGUCUGCCUCUGUCCCAUCACCAGACCCCCAAUAAGUAAGUGGUAACUUUAAUAUUUAAAAUUUCGAGUGCCGCAAGUAAUCCGGGCUUUUUCAAUCUUUGGUUUACCACUCCGUGAUUGGUAUAGAAAAUCUAGGCACUCUGUCGACCAACAGAUGCACACUCGUCACUCGUCACUCGAUCACAGAUUUUCCUGCGCCGCAGGAAGUUUGUUCGUUUUUUACUCUGAAUCCUCACGGACGCCUUAUGAUAGUAAUCGUGGUUCUGUUUACUCGUUAUGAUUUUUUUUAAACCAUUUGAAAACAGAGGCUGGGCCGCUCGAUUUUUAGCCCAUUCACAAAAAUAAUGUUGUGGCAUACCGCAAUAUUGGUUUUUGAAAUUAAAGUGGACUGGACUCAAAACACAAGAAAAUGCAGAAAAGCGACGAGUUAGUCACGUUGUUGUAUUUUAGAAUUACCCCUUGUCAAGGAUAGAAGUAGCAGUCCACUGAAGCGUCUCCUUUCUUAGUUUCAGUUUGCACAGUUAGUGUGUAUGGUGAAAGUGUAGUUUUGUGUUAAAGUGACCCGUUCUCGUACCAUCUUUCUUUUGCUUUCAGAACCGACUACAAAGCCAACUAAAAGAACACGUAAGUGUAGUUUUUCCGGUAAUGGAAACUCAUUGUUAAAGGUUUAAAUGAGAUGCGCGGGAAAAUACAUUAUGUAACGGUAUCUAAACCAAGGGCCGCGAUCUACAAACGCUAUAUAAUUAAGUGUUAGUUAAGUUGUUUUCACAUAAAUUUGUCGCCCAUAGUUUAUAAAAAUCUUUAAACAAAUCUUGUACCUAUAAGUCAGGAACUGCAUUCACGUUCAUGCAAUUCCCAUUACUAAUCAAAGAAUUUUAAUUCGUAAGGCUUACAGCUUGCAAACACACUGAAAUUUUAAAUGCAUCCCUUUCGACAUUACCCAGUUCUUUCAGGUCCAGAAAUGUCCUGCUCCUUAUAGCACACGAAAAUCAUCAAUAUAGUAACUAUGAAAUUUACGGUAAAAGAGCCUCUUCAUGAUGUAUACCAUGCAACAAAAAUAAACUGUUCUUUUUAAUAAUUAUGCUACGAUUGUAUAAUGUUUUUAUUUAUCGAAUUUGUUUCAAUUUUCAGGGUUCCCCCGUAUCGUUGCGUUUUACCCGCUCAGUAGAAAAACAAGAGGUAAAGACAUCAGCUCUAGCCAGAACCCCGAGGGAAAAUUACACAACGUACGCCCCGCACCUGGCCCUGAUGGGCUUCCUGAUGGCUCUUACUAUUUCUACGGAAGAAAAACCAGUUAUAUAGAUUUCCCCAACAAGGGAAAACUCGAUUCUAGAUACUCCCUUACUCUCCUCGCCUGGGUCUACCCUGAAGGUUCUGGACCAAUAUUUCAUUUUUCUCCGGGUGGAGUUCGCUUCUGGGUCGUCAGACCGAAUACUCUGUUCGUGCGAUUUGUCCGCCGCACAGGGAGACCAACCCGGCAGUUGAUCAGUCGCACAUUGAGACCUGGAAGGUGGAAUUACGUUGGAGCGUCGUAUGACGAAAGGACAGGAAUUGCAACGCUAUGGCGAGACUCUCAACCUGUUAAGUCUCUGUUCAUUGGUCGCAUUCGUCUAGCUACCAAUCGACCUGUAAGAAUGGGUGCAUUGCCGCGUGACUUGCGGUACUUCCGCGGAAGGAUCUCUUGUAUGCAAGUGUAUAGUGUACCCCUGUCUGGUCCUGAAAUAAAAAGAGCUGAAAGGGUUUGCUUCCGAGCACGUGAGUAA